CCUUAUCGAGUUUUUCAUGCGGUCGCCCGUUGUGGGCGGGUAUGGAGCUCAGGGUUCUCAGGCUUAUGAAAUAAAUAGAGACUCACGCAAGCGUGUCGGAGGUUGGAAACAUGCGAGAAUUCUAUAUUUUACGGCAACAGGACGGGAUUAGUUGUGAAUAGGGCACUGAGAUUGUGAAACGGUACUACUAACACUUCAACGCCCACCAUUUUUCAACCGUGGAAGACGAGCAGCAGUGACGAGCAGCAGUGACUGCAGGCCAUGGCAAUCACUGUACCACCUACGUUGUCUGUUAUCGUCUCAAUAUGGAUGGAAACGCUAUUCUAUGGCAUGAAUAUUGUGGUAUACUUCCUCUGUAUUUACGACCUAUUGUUUGCCGGCAAGCAUGCCAGCAAAACAGCAAAAUACCUACUCGUUACACUGUCCACUCUUUUAUUCCUUGUUGCUACAGCACAUGUGGCAGUCAACUGCCGACGCCUCAUCGAAGGCUAUGUAAAUCCCCCUGAUAAAACGGCAAUGCUCAGGUACCUGAUUGACAUCACGCAACCGACCAAUGUUACCAAAACGUUCCUUGUGGUCUUUGCGAACUUGUUCUCAGACAUCCUAAUUAUAUGGAGAGUUUACAUGGUCUGGGAGCGGGGUUGGAAGAUAUGUGUACUUCCUGUCUUCUUGUGUACAGGCGUUUUUAUUAGUGGCAUAACUGCCGCAACGCUCGUCUCGCGUGUCACUCCUGGCCAAAACAUAUUCGCCAAACAAAUCUCAACCUGGGGUAAAGCCCAAUUCUCCCUCUCCCUCGCCAUGAACGUCUCCGCCACGCUCCUCAUCGCCGCACGGAUCUGGUGGGUCACACGUCCCAUCCGAGCACACAACCCCCAACGCAUGAAGCCGUACUGGCGAAUUAUCGUUAUCAUCAUCGAGAGCGCUGCAUUCGCUGCGUUUGCGCAGACGAUUGAACUUGCUUUCUAUGCGUCGAACUUCCCUGGGGUGUUCUUCGUUGCGGAUUCAGUUGUGCAGAUCGUUGCAAUGAACCCUCUCCUUAUCAUCGCCUUCAUCGGCCGCACCCGUUCUCAACAACACUCUCACACGUCAUACCUCCCCACAAAUCGCAUGCUUUCCGAGGUUCGUUACGCCGAACGCGAAAUCGACACUGAACUCUCUGAAAUGGGUCCGGAGAAAACUCUUCGUCUUUCUCUUGGAAGCAACGAGAGAGGUGUUAAGGGACGUGGAGAGCUCGAUACUGAUCCGAGUAUGGGAUAUAGUGAAAGGACGAUGUUCUCCGACAACGACCGCCGUCACAGUGAAGUUUCGCGUCGCUCGUUUCAUGCUAUAUGAAGCAUUGUUGCAUUGGAGUACUUCAUGUAGUAGUUGAGAAAAGUCGUAUUCACCUAUGUAUA